AUGUGUCCACAAAUGUACACCCGCGAAGAAUUCCUUUCCAUCUUCAUCAACACCGCCACCACCUCACCAUACCUCACCACAGAAUGCACAAUCUGUGCAGAACCCUACUCCUCCUCCCCCGACGGGUGCGCAGUAACUUUCUCAGACAAAGAAAGCUGCAACCACGUCUUUUGCAAAACCUGCAUCAGCCAGUGGCUGAACACCAAAGGUGUGAACUCCUGCCCACUAUGCAGGAGGGAGCUAUUUGUCCUCGACGACGAGGACUACGAUGGUUUUGAUUUCGAUGACGAAGAAGAAGACGAAGAGGACGAGGAAGAGGUGGAACAAGAAUCCAUCUUCACCCAUGAGCAAAUCAUGGAACUACUCGAAAACGCUUGGUACAAAGUGUUCUGGCUACUCGAUAGCCACCGCCAAAAUAUCGCGAGAACUGCUCGCGAAGAAGAAGUCGAAAGCGACGACGACGACGACGACGACGAAGAUUUGUCAUCGCCCCGUCCCCCCCUCUACUCCUCUACCCUCAUCCACUCCUUCGUCGGCGUUCUCGCCUCCCGUGUAAAUGUCCACGACCUCAAUGACAUCGUGGAGUUCACCAGCAUCACGAAAAUGAACGUGAUUGCGUGUAUUAUGCACCGCAUCAUGGACGAGCAGGUCAUGUGUGUUGAGAGGACGGGUGGAAGGGUAAAGGUGCUGGAGUUUCCGUUGGAGAUGGCGUUGGAGUGGGCGGCGCCCAUGAAGUGGGUUAUGCGGCGUGUUUAG